AUGGGGUUUUUCUCGAGACCAAUCGAAAGGGUAGCCAUCAUAGGCAGUGGGGCCCAAGGUGUGGCGGUAGCAAACGUCUUCAAGAAGGAAAACGCCUUCAAGCAGGUGAAAGUUUUUGAAAAAAGGCCAGCUGCUGGAGGCCUCUGGCACUACUACAAAGAGUCCCAGGACUACGAAUUACCAUCCCUUGAUCCCUCUCGGCCACAGGAGCCAUUGAGCCUUGAUGAUCCAUCCAGUGCCUAUGAUGAGAUCACCCUGGCCAGUGGGAACCAAGGAACCGAUUACUUUUGGACUUCUGCAUCCUACGAUCUUCUGGAAACAAACGUUCCUACCCAUUUCAUGCAAUAUUCUGAGUUUCCCUGGAAGGGCGAUAAUCUGCCGUUAUUUCCCCACAGAUCAGAAGUGUUGAAGUAUGUCCAGCGGUUUGCUGAGAAUGUCGCUGAUAUAACCGAGUUUGGGGUGAAUGUCUAUUCUGUCAAGAAACUAGCAGAUGGCCAAUGGGAACUCAAGUCCAGAGCUGUUAAUCCAAUCACCAAGGGUGGGGUUGUUCCCAAUGCCCAAUUUGAGAAGACAGAAUUGUUCGAUGCUGUUAUCGUUGUGGCAGGACCAUACGAUAACCCACACGUUCCUGAAAAAAAAGGUCUUAGAGAAUGGCUCAAAAAGUACCCUGGAACGGUCACUCACUCGAAAAGUUUUCGUCGCGCAGAGGUUUUCAAAGACAUUGGUGGGGAGCUGGUCAUCAUUGGAAAUGGUACUUCUGGUAUUGACAUCUCCUUGCAGGCUGCUCAGGUUCUAGACAGGAAGGUUAUAAAAUCUGUCCGUUCUGAAAGCUAUUUGCCUGUCUCUGAUGACAACAACAUCAGGGUUGUGGAUGAUGUAGUUGAAUUCGAUGCUGACAACAAGAGUCUGAAACUGGCAGACGGAACCGUAUUGGAAAACGUUGCUCAUGUCAUCUUCGCAACGGGAUAUCUGAGGUCUUUCCCUUUUUUGAGCGAGUAUAACAAGACGCUCCCUCAGCCUUUGAUCACGGAUGGCCAGAGGGUUCAUGGGGUUUAUCAUCAUACCCUAUCGACAUACAGUCCAGGACUAGCAUUUGUCGGUUUGACUAGAUUCAUUUUGCCGAAUAGAACCGCGGAAAUUCAGGGCCUAUGGCUUUCAAGGGUAUUUUCCAACAAAGUUGAAAUUCCCUCAAUCGAAGAGCAAAAGGAAGAGGAACAGUAUUUUGAGGCUCAAAACGGGGACGGCUUCAAAUUCCACGAUCUGCAGUUUCCGGAGGAUUUGGUAUUCUUUGAGUUAUUAAGAAAUGAAGCCUAUUCUCAGGAUAAAUCGGUCAAAUACCAAUUACUUGCGUGGGAUGAUUAUCAGCUCAAAUUACGUGCGGCUUUGAGAGAAGUUAGAGUUGCAUUUAUCAAGCAUAGACAGAGAACCAAUACUGCUGCCACUUCAAUCCAGCAACUUAUUGACGAAGGAGACUUGGAAGUAGCUGAAGUCGAACAGGAAAUUGUUGAUCGUAUUGCCAGUUCUUCAACUGCGUUUAGAUUGGCUGUUUGA